AUAUAAUAUUGGGAUAUAGAGUAGACAAUAGUGGAUGGUGGUAGUGGAACCACUUAAUGCGAUUUCACCUUCCCUGUUUUUCUCCCUUUCACACAAAAACAAAACAAAAUUAUUAAAAAAUCAUGUCACACCAAAUGUCUUAUUUACCAUGAUACCCUAUCUCAUAAACUCCUUAAACAAACAAUAGCUCCCUAAACUCAAGUAUCCAUUCUCACCUCUAAAUCAAUUUCUUACGUUUUCUCUCGUCAAAGUCUUUUUUUCUUUGUCACGAGAUGGAGUCCGGUAAUAGUAGUAGCAUGCAAUCUUCAAGCGGCGGUGGCGGAGGAGGAGAAGAAGAAUACGAUUCACGCGCCGCAGAUCAAUCCAUUUCCGCCUUCUUCGACCACCACAACAACCACGUGUCAUCUAUACCCACGCCGCAACAAAACCAUCGCAACCUCCUCCAUUUCGACCAUAACAACAACAACUCUCUAAUACCACCAAACUACUUUAACAACAACACGUUCUUACCCGUAAACCAACAACCCGACCCGAUUUCUCAACUCGACCUCCGAACCUCCUCCGCCACGUCAUCACUCCCUCCUACUAACAAUAUAGGAGUAAUCAAGAAAACAAAGAAAAGAUCUCGAGCAUCAAGAAGAGCACCAACGACGGUUCUAACGACGGAUACUUCCAACUUCCGAGCGAUGGUUCAAGAGUUUACCGGAAUCCCAGCUCCACCGCUAUUCAACAACAACUCCAUCGUGAACACCACGCGCCUCAACACUUUCCUCGGCUUGUCUUCUUCUUCGCCAAACACUUACAACACCAACAAUCUCUUGUUACGACCGUUUGCUCAAAAACUCACUCCAGCGACUCCUCUCUUAUCCGGAUCACAAAUUCAGCAAUAUCAAAACCCUAACAACGGUUUCGAGGAUAUGAAUCUGCAAGCUCUUCUUCAAGCUCAUAUUUCAAACCCUAGAAGCAAUGAGCACGAUCAGUUUGGUCUUGGUAUGAUGCAGACUCCAUCUACUAAUCCUCCUACUACAACGGCAGCGGCUAACGGGAACAUAAACACCGGUGAUAAUGGAAGCUACGGUGGCUCCGAUCAUGAACAUAAUAAUGACGGUACUUGGUUAUCUUCGUCUUCCGACCAGAGAACAUAAAUAUAUUUAUGUAUAGUCCAAGUCCGAAAUCAAAGCUAAUCUCUUGACAUGAUUACUCAACAAAUUAAACAUAGCACAUAUAGCAUGAUGAAGUUACUCGUUUAUAUAUUCUAUAUUUCAGUAUAAACCACUUUAAAACUUUUUUCGUGUAGGGUUUGUUAAUUAUUUAAUACUUAAUUAAUAUGCUUGUUAUUUGUUAAUCUUAGUUUUUUCCAUAACUAUAUGUUGGUAAGUAUUAGUUAGUAGAUGGAUCUCACCAUUUGAAUCAGAUUUUCUUGGUAUAUUUUCUUAUAAUUAUAUAGAACUUUUAAAUUUUAAUGACAACGAUGACUUGCGAUAUGAAAUUUUAAUUUUUCAACAAUCAAUAUACAGUACGUGGUUUUGGGAUCACUACGGUUAAUAUUUCUCCUAAUUAAUAUUGGAGUGAAUGGUGGCGAAAUUUGGGGAAUCUUCCACGGCCGCCGGAUUGUGGAAUAUGGUUUUGGGACCAUAGUAUAUAAUUAUUAAUUAAUUAUAGACUUGUGGUGAUUUGAAAUUUGAUAAAUUACUGUUCUCCCAUGUGCUUAUUCAUUUUUGGUGUAUCAUCUACAUUAACGUCAAUUUUUAUUGACUUGACUCUCAUUUUACCAUACCAACAGAUUUGAAAUUUGAAAAUUUCCCAAGCAAAAGAAAAACAGGGGCAAAUUUCAUUUGACCGCCUCCGACAACCAUUGACCUUGUCACGGCUCUGAAUGUGAUGCGUCUACAAAAUUCCUAACUUUUUUCAGUCUUCUCAUUAACCAAUCAAUCGUUAGAAUAUUCAGCUUAAUUUAUAUCUCUUUCUAGUCUCUAGCUUAACAACACUUCAGAAUGAAAUGUCAGUUCUUUGUAAGCGGGGUUUUCAAUAAUAUCAUUUGCUACUGUAUAGUAUAAUAGUAACUCUUAAAAAUAAUAAUUCUUGUUUUUCACAAUAAGAUUUGAUGAUGGAUUGAUGGUCGCAAAACAAAUAAUGACAUUUGAUGAAAAAUCUUUUGCUUGUUCUUGUGUAUACAAAAGUUCAAAUGAUUUUGAUAUUUUUUUGUCCAC